GCCAUCUUUGUACGGGGUUGGGUUUUCCCUUUGCGAAUGUCAUCUCAGCGGCGUGGUCAACGCUUCGUCAUUAAUAAUUAUUUCCUCCUCUAUAUAAGUGCGUGUGUGGGUGAGUCUGAGUGUUAGUGAGUCUCUGUGUGUGUGCUCCUCUGUGAGGUUGUCUGUGUGUGUCUGUGUGUCUCGCGCUUGCGUAAGAGUUGCGUCAGACAGCAGUUGGUUCUAGAGCUUUCCGCCUCCUCCGUCAUCACCAUCAUCAUCACCACAGUCUGCUGCUUCUACCGAGAGAGCGGAGAGGAGGAGGAGGAGGAGCGGAGCGAGAGAUCAGAAGAAGAGAGGGCAGCAGUAGAAGAAGAAGAAAGAGAGGAAGAGAGCAGCGAUGAUGCUGUUUCUUCGUGCAGCUCUCCCCUGUUCCAGGGGAGCGUCGCUCCUCCUCCGGCCGGUUCGCAUCGCCCACCACCCCGGCGCCUCCCCCUCCUCCCCAUCCUCCUUCUGUUACCCACCUCCCCCCCUGGUGAAGAAUCUGGCAACACGCGCCAGGAGCGCUGCGCGGCGAGUGGAGGUGAAGCCGGAGGCAUGGAGAGGGGCAGAGGCGGCGAUGAAGGUGGAGUCUCUGGGCCGUCUGGCCGUGGCCGGUGGAGGGGUCAUCUCCAUCGGUGCCCUCUGCUACUACGGCCUGGGACUCUCCAACGAGCCUGGUGCCAUCGAGAGGGCAAGUCUGUGGCCAAACUACGUACGAGAGAGGGUCCGAGACACCUACACCUACCUGGGUGCCACCAUCUCCCUCACCGCGGCCUCAGCGGCGCUCGCCGCACGAUCACCGACCAUAAUGAACCUGGCCGCUCGCAGCUCUUGGCUGGCUAUCGGAGUCUCGUUUGUCGCCGUGAUUGGCUCUGGGAUGCUCGUCAGGUCCAUUCCCUAUGAGGGGAAACUCGGAGUGAAGCAUGCGGCCUGGGCCCUGCACGCAGGGUUGAUGGGGCUGCUGCUGUGUCCAAUGGUGGUCCUGGGAGGGCCGCUACUGCUCCGUGCCGCCUGCUACAGCGGGGGACUGGUGGGGGCCCUGUCGGCCGUGGCCGUCUGCGCCCCCAGCGACCGAUUCCUGUACAUGGGCGGGCCCCUGGCGGCCGGGCUGGGGGUGGUGGUGGCAGCCUCACUCGGCUCCGUGUUCCUCCCGGCCGGCUCUGCGUUCGGCUCCGCGCUCUAUUCCCUCUCACUCUACGGGGGUCUGCUGCUGUUCGGCGCCCUGCUGCUGUACGACACGCAGCGCGUGGUGCGCAGAGCUGAGACUUACCCACCUCCUGGGGGGAUGCGCCCAGCCUACGACCCCAUCAACGGGUGUCUCAGUAUCUACAUGGACAUCAUGAACAUCUUCAUCAGGAUUGCCACCAUCAUGGCUGGAGGCGGCUCGCGGAGGAAGUGAAGCGGCUGAGAUCUGUCUCUCUCUCUCGUGUCUCUCUCCACUAUUGGUUAGCGAGCGCCUAUUAUGAGCGGGUCUCUGCGUGUGGCGUGCUGGGGAGUUAGGGCUAAGUAGACCUUAGGGGAGGACACACACCCCGGUGAGCGAAGGAGGGGGGCGGGAGAUGAGUAGGCAAAAUAGAUGUACAGAGAGAGACGCAUAUUCCUACACAGACAUACAAAUAUAUAAAUGUACAGAUGCAGAGAGAGAGACGUAGACACAUAGACACACACAUACAGACAGACACGCAUAUACAGAGAGAGAGAGAGACGCAUAUUCGUACACAGACACAUACAAAUAUAUAAAUGUACAGAUAUAGAGGGACACACAUACAGACAGACGGAGACACAUAUACAGAGACAAGAUAAAUAUCCCCUUUGUAGCCUUUAAACAACUGUCAGGGCAAGUGCUGCGAGCGAGUUGCAGCGCCUAUGAAGGUCGGUAAUGUGGCACAUGAGGUGGUGGGUGGCCAGCACCACGCCCGCCCGCCUUUGUCUCCCCAGUGGCGAUGUUUUACUACGCACCGCUACACCAAGUUACGGAUUUCAGGCUGAGUCGACCUAGGGGGAGGCCCAGGACCGGUUCAAAUAUUCACCACUUAUUGGACCAGUGAGUGGGAAUGGAACCCGGGCCGCCGGGUUUUGUAUCACGGUGCGCUAACCACUACACCACCGCUCCCCACACAGACACACGUGCUCACAUACACACACACACACUCCCCUCCCCCUCUGUAACAUGUACAGUGUGCAACACGUGGUGAAGUAAUACAGUCUGGUGUCACGUGGUCGAUGUUGGUUUCGGUUUCACUUUAUUCAAAUAAAAAUCCCUUUAACCACGA